AUGCCAGGGUAUUCUCCUGGAUCUGGAUUGAGUAUUGUGUCCAUUAAAUUAUAUUAUGUACACUGCACUCAAGAAAGUUGCAAGCACCUGUUGUACACUCCUCCAGAAUAUGCUCGUGUAGCUCAGCAGAGCUCCGUGCUUUUGGAAGUCUUGCUCAACUGUGUCUCCGUGUGUGUCUUCAUUGCAGAAGAUUAUCAGUAUCAUGUCUUUGAGGUAUGCAUACCCAUUGGAGAAAGUGCCUUCCAAAUAAUUGAAUUGAUGAAUCUUUACUUCCUGGGCCUAUUCUUCUUAAGAAUGGUUUUAGCCCCAAACAUGAUGGCAUUUUUGUUAUGCAAAUACACCAUCAUUGAUUACUUCACCAUACCGCUAGUCAUCUUUGGAAUGAUUAUUGGCCGGACUUUCACAGGUAUUCACUUGGUGCGCAUCAUUUAUAUAAUGAAGCUUGAAGAAGUGGGAGGUGAUGCUGAGACGUCCCCCCAUCUGUUUAUCAUCAUGAAGUACCUGUCCAGGAUUCUAGCUGGUUGGUUUAUGGUGGCUGGAUUCAUAUACUAUGCUGAGAGUCAUGACAAUCUGUUGGGAGUGGAGAAACCCCAUGACUUCCAGUAUGGAACCUGGCUCUACUUCACCAUAAUAACGGCAACUGCCGUUGGCUAUGGUGAUGUCCCAUGCAAGACAAUACUGUCCAGAAUUUUUCUGGCCUUAUUCUUGCCCAUUGUUUUGGCACUGUAUGGCAAGUACGUACCAAACUUGGUACUGAGAAUAAUUUCCACAAGUUUUUCAAAAAUCAAACGAUGGAAACUCACUCGUUCUGGCAGGCAUAUUGUGUUUUGUGGCCACCUGAACACUCGGAAGAUCCGCACGUUUGUAACGACAGGGAUAAACAGGGAUGCUGACCUGGUCUUUCUGGGCAAUUGUACUCCGUAUGAGGACGGCAAAUCACCACUCCAUGCCGUGCAUCCUGUCCAAGGCCUGGUUCAAGAUGGUCGAGGACUUGCUGCGAUCGAUAAAGCCCGUCGAUGCAUUUUCCUCUCAAACGAAAACAGCAAAGACCAGGAAGGGGAAGACUUACGAAACAUCACCUCGGCAUUACAAGUCUCUAGAUCCAGAACUUCCCCAGUCCUCCUGGAAUUGCUUCAGUGCAAAAACAAGAAACUCUUUCAUGAAGUGUACCAGCCAAGAGUAGAAGACGGCAAGGUGAGCGUCUUCUGCUAUGCAGAGUUUAAGCUAAGACUGAUGGGCUAUUCAUGCCUCGUCCCUGGGUUCUCCACAUUACUGGCAAACUUGAUUUUGCCAGAUAUGGUUGAAGAUAUGGACAAUCAGACCCAUGACUUGACAUGGGAGGAAGAGUACAACUUUGGCAGAAGGUCCCGUAUCUACACUAGUCUUUUACCAAAGUCUUUUGAAAAUAAGACAUUGCAUGAGGCUGUUGAAUUAUGCCACAAGAAGCAGAGGUGCAUCCUUUUAGGUAUCGAAAUUCAUGAAGGCAAUAAUAGGAAGAUCAUCAUGUAUCCUAGCAAUCCAUGUGUGGUCAUACCGCAAAAUACUGUGGGAUACUUAUGCACUCGUGAAACUAAGAAUCUUCAAAGUAUAAAUGUCCCUCUUACUCACCAUGGUACAGCUGUAAUUUCUUUGAGUUUGAAAGGUCAGCUUUUUGUUGUAUGUGAUGCCAAGGACCUGCCACCUACCCACACUACAAGGCCUGCAAGUCUGACAUUUAUUGUUUCAUGCCAAAUACAAGUAGUUUCUCUGUGCCACAUAUGGCUGAAUACUCUCUCUGUGCCUGACGGUACCACACUGGCACUGUGGCUUUUGCCUAGUUCUGCACUCCUGACAGAUGUCAUAAGCAAGUGGAGGUUAGAAGCUGAGUUUCUUCUGGAAUCCAUACUGGCAGCGGCAUCGCAGGUGGUGUUUCUACCUGCAAUAAGACAAAUGCCAGAAGUUGAGGAUUUGGAUGGCUCCUCUGAGAAAGAUUUUGCUGAAAUUAUACUGUGGUCUGCAAUUGACUUGUUUCCACAUCCCAUUCAUUUUUCUCUUCUUGCCAAGACACAAGACGAGCUGAGUUCUCUUGAUUUGCACGGCCAUGUAGUCGUCUUCAUCAUAGCCAAUCAAGAUUCACCAGCCAGUGGACUGGAGAACCUAUGCCAGCCUCUGAGGUCCUAUUGUGUCCAUCCCUCUCACCUUCACAGGAUCAUCAUCAUUGGACCACUCGACUACCUGAGGAAAGAAUGGGUCGAGCUACGGAGAAUCCCAGAAAUUUAUUUUUUUGAGGGUUAUCCAUGGGCCAAAGAAACCCGAAAGGUCGUGAAACUGGCCUCUUGCCAGAUGUGCGUCCUCCUCUGUGCUGAACCUGAACCAGAGAAACUGGGUUCAAGAUUCGAUUUCACAUUCGAAAUACUGAAGACGACUUCGAGUCGGUUAGUCCGCACCAGGAAUAUGGCGUCUCCAAUGGACGGACAAUGCAACUUCUGUCAGAGGCUUCCUGUUCUAGUUAGCCAUAUUACUGAUGAGCCGAUGACAUCAGUCAGUGACACCUUUGCAGUGGCGGUAGGACAGACAAUUCCUCCUGCACUCUUUCACUCCUUUGCAUAUUUGGCGGAACUUAUCGCCAAAUCCCUGUGGAACAAGGGUUAUGAUGAGGUUCAAGUACGACUACUUGAUCCUGUAGAUAGAAGGAUGAGGGAAUCAACAGCAGAGGAACAUAUGAAGAAGUCUUCGCAAUGCCUGCCAUAG